AUGGCUGUGGCUCUGAAGGUGGUCGUGUUUAGUUGCCUGCCUCUUGCAAGAGCGGGCUGGUAUGUGGGCACAAGCGGUGCUAGGCAGGACUGCAAUGCUGUCUGCGCAGGCAUCGGGCCUUGCAAUGCAAAGGCCCUCAACGACAUGAUGCAAUGCAGCCAGAGCCAGUUGAAGGCAUUCCUCGUCAGCAUUGCCACAACGCGUCGAAUCAACGAUGCAGCUGGGAUUGACCAGACUGCAGCCUACAACUGUUCGAGAUCCAUCUCGCCACUUGCUGACCCGAAUGGCGCCUCUGCUCCAAUGGCCAAUGCUGAUGGGCACUGUGGCUACACCACGGGAGGCACAGCCACAUGCAGCAGCCAGCCUCCCGUCUCUACAUGGGUUCGUCACUGCUGCUGCGAGGAGUAUGAGGGAGAUUGCGAGGCUCGGCAGUCCACAACCAGCCUUAUCGUCACGAUGGUUUGGACCAGCAAUAGUGAAGAUGAAGCAGGAGCCGGGAUGGGUCCUGAACUUCAAGCGCUGCUUGUGACGCUAGGCAUCAUCAGUUUUGGAGUGGCGCUGGUUUGCUGCCUCUAUGGCCUCCUCUACAAAAUCACGAUGUGUCGUCUCAAGCAGCUAGGAGACCUGGAUCCGAAAUCGCAGCUGCCGUUGUGA